UGGAUCGGCAAGAUGAUUAUUCCAGUGGGGGCUAUACCUUUUUCCAGUAUUUCGUAUCAUAAAAAACACAGUAUAAUCUAACUAAGGUUUCUGUCUUCAAAGUGAAGUGAAUAAAAAGUGCAAUGACCCUAGGGAAGCUUCUCAGUGUAUACCGAGGAAUAGCCAAUAAAAGUCAGGUCUUAUUUAAUGACAGAUACUUAAUUUGGACCACCACUACAGUUUCGGUUGGACUUUAUGGGGCUGGGGAUCUUCUUGCACAGCAUUUGCAAGUAAAAAAGAAGAAAAUGAAAGGCUUAGACACUGUUCGCUCUGGAAAGGUGGCAGCAGCGGGUUUCAUAAUUGGGCCAUUCAUACAUUACUGGUACAUGUACCUUGAUCGAAUAUUCCCAGGACGGUGUUUCAGAAUCGUGACCAAAAAAGUUGUGAUUGAUCAGGUCAUCUGCUCUCCAAUAGUGAUCGCAUUGUACUUAUAUACCACAUCAUUAUUUGAAAAGAAAAGUUUGAGUGACAUUAACAGAGAGAUUCUACCAAAGAGCAUAGCCCUCUUCAUCGCAGAACUUCCUAUCUGGCCCCCAGCGCAAUAUUUUAGUUUCUUUUUCUUGCCUACAAAGUACAGAGGAGUAUAUGACAAUAUUAUUUCCUUUGGAUAUGAUACUCUAUUUUCCUAUGUGAAAUUUGAUGCAGACUUGGGUUGGAUUAAAACAGAGAAGGAAAAACAUGAUUCAUAUAGUGAUGUAUGUGUUGAAGAUAAAAUUGAUUCAUUAAAAUCAUUAUGAUUUUACACAGUAAAUUAAGAUGACGUAUUAAGCUGAUCAGUUAUUUUUAAUUUUUAAAAUAGGUGCCAAUAACUUAGGGAUUUUUAUGUUAUUUCUUGCAUUGUUUUU